AGAAUUUCUUAGAAAUGUCUUGAUCGAUUGGAUGGAGAGAAUAUAAGUGUGAGGAGGUCCGAACACCGACUAGAUUGGAUGAGCGUUGUAACAUUGCGCCAAAAAAAAGGUGACCUAACACAUAUAGCUGGAUCUCUUUAAUAUCGUCUAUCUGCUCUCAUCUAAUACUGCAAAGCCCCAAUUAAUUCAAUGCAUGCAGUUUUUCUUUCCAUUUAGUAUUUCUUUUUUUCUCUACUUUUGGUACUGCUCAUCCCAUCAGGACCUACAUUCUUAUAAAAUCCUCCACUCACAAUCUCACUAACACCUGACACAGUUUUUCAAAAACUACGGCCAGGGUUAAGAGAGACGUAAUACCACCAUUCAUUCAGUUUCUUACCUUUUCUUCCCCUUUUUCAUCGUACGAUUUCUUUUUCUUUUUUUUUUUUUUUUGAUAUGGAUGAAUUCAAACCACACCUUGCAAAUUCAUGUCCUCUCACCCCAUUAACGUUUCUGGAAAGAGCAGCCAUUGUUUAUGGCGAAUGCACUUCCAUCGUUUUCAACAACGUCUCCUACACCUGGUCGGAAACCUACUCGCGAUGCCUGAAGAUCGCGUCGACCAUUUCAUCCCUCGGGAUCAAACGGGGCGACGUCGUCUCAGUCAUCGCUCCCAACACUCCAGCCAUGUACGAGCUCCAGUUCGCGGUCCCCAUGUCCGGCGCGGUGUUGAACAACAUCAACACUCGCCUGGACGCGCGGACCAUCUCCGUGAUCCUCCAACACGGCGAGUCAAAGCUCGUCUUCGUUGACUGUUACCUCAAGUCUUUAGUGUUGGAAGCCAUUGCCGGCUUCCCAAAGGGCUUGACUUCUCCGAUGCUCAUCUUGAUAGAUGAUUCAGAUGGAAACUUCUCCAUGUCUUCUGGGGUGGAUGACUGUGAUGAUACUUAUGAGGGUUUGGUGAACAAAGGAAAUGCUUCUUCUGAUACCUUCCAGUGGGUCCGGCCAAACAAUGAAUGGGACCCAAUGACUCUGAAUUACACUUCCGGCACCACUUCAUCCCCUAAAGGUGUGGUUCACUCGCAUAGAUCUCUUUUCAUCAUUGCUUUUGAUUCCCUGACCAAUUGGUCGGUUCCGAAGAAUCCGGUUUAUUUAUGGACGUUGCCGAUGUUUCAUUCGAACGGGUGGAGCUACACUUGGGGCAUGGCCGCGGUCGGAGGUACCAACGUUUGUCUGAGAAAAUUCGACGCCGGAGUGAUCUUUAAGUUCAUCGCUUCGCAUAAUGUUACCCACAUGUGCGGCGCUCCGGUGGUGCUGAACAUGUUAGCCAAUUCUCCCCAUGCAAAGCCGUUGGAGAACCCGGUUCAUUUCAUGACCGGUGGAGCUCCGCCGCCAGCCACAGUGGUUCUCCGGACGGAGUCGUUGGGGUUUACAGUCAGCCACGGGUACGGGCUGACGGAGGUGGCCGGGGUGGUGGUUUCUUGCGCGUGGAAGCCCAAGUGGAACCUACUUCCGGCGAGUGGCCGGGCGAAGUUGAAAGCAAGGCAAGGAGUGAGGACACUUGGGUUGACCGAUGUCAACGUUGUUGACCCGGAAACAGGUCGUGGUGUAAACAAAGACGGGUCAACGAUGGGUGAAAUCGUACUGAAAGGCGGAUGUAUUAUGUUGGGUUACCUUAAAAACCCCGAAGGAACCUCAAAAUGUAUGAAAAACGGUUGGCUUUACACCGGCGAUGUCGGGGUGAUGCAUCCGGACGGGUACUUGGAAAUUAAGGAUCGGUCAAAGGACAUCAUUAUUAGCGGCGGGGAGAAUGUGAGUAGCGUGGAGGUGGAGUCGGUGUUGUACGCGAAUCCGGCGGUGAAUGAGGCGGCGGUGGUGGCGAAGCAGGAUGAUUUCUGGGGCGAAACACCCUGUGCGUUUGUGAGCUUGAAGGAAACGACGGUGGUUAGGCCGUCGGAGAAGGAUAUUAUUGAGUUUUGUAGAGCCAGGUUGCCGCAUUAUAUGGUGCCCAAGACGGUGGUUUUUAUGGAGGAGCUUCCCAAGACGGCUACCGGGAAGAUUCAGAAGUUCAACCUUAGAAAUAUUGCUCAGAAAAUCGGGAUGGAACCGGCGUUGCCGAGUCGGAUGUAGCGAAAAGCCUCAACUACAGAAUCGUACAUGCAUGCAAUUAAUUACCAGUGAAAUACUUUAUUUGGAGAUUCUCUUCCACACAUAAUUGAUUUCUGUAACUUUAAAAAUUGGUUUUUAGUUGGUUUGUUUGUUUGGUGUUGCACUUUUUUUUUUCUUUUUUUUUUAACCUUUUUGUUUGGGGAAAAAAAAAAUUCCCGAAUUAGUUAUAUAUUCAUUCCAUUUGUACAAUGAAACGUAUAUUUCAUAAUGUAAUUACAUUCUGUUUUCUGGAACUUUUUGGUAUAUACA